AUGUGGGAAAGGCCUGCUCAUCCACUGUCAGGCAGGAGUCUCACGCUCGGCCACCAUCGUGAUAGCCUACCUGAUGAAGCACACGCGGAUGACCAUGACCGACGCCUACAAAUUUGUCAAAGGAAAGCGACCAAUCAUAUCCCCGAACCUAAACUUCAUGGGCCAGUUAUUGGAGUUUGA